GAGAUUCUUUCAAUCCAAACUCUAAAAAAGAAAUUUUAAAGAUAAAAUUUAAAUAAUGUUUGAGAUUGGAAUCCUCUUAUCAAUCCAGAUGAGAUUCUUUCAAUCCAAACUCUAAAAAAGAAAUUUUAAAGAUAAAAUUUAAAUAAUGGCUGAGAUUGGAAUCCUCUUAUCAAUCCAAUGGACGAGAUUAAUUCAAAAUUGAACUGAUUGAAUAUGGCAUAUGGGAAUUGGGAAAUAAAAAUCGUUCUAUGUUUUGCUAAAGUACCAAACCCUAGCCUCCUCCAUUCGUCACCUCGCCGACACCAACGCCAAUGCCGCCAACCUUCAGAAGAUCGACGGUCUCUCAAGAAACUCUUGUCGCCUCGUUGCCAUCUCGUCGCCUUUGUCGUCUCAACGUCUCCUCAAACCCGUGUUGGCUCAUUAUCGCCAUCGCUUGCAGAGAAAUUUUCCCGAGAGACCAACGGUCUGGCAGUGACAGUCCAAGCUUCUAUUUGAGGUAGAUUUUUUCUUAUUUGCUUAGAUUUCUCUUCCUUUUCCUACUUUUGUAGUUUGCGUGGCUUUUCUAAACUGGUUGCUUGUAGAGUUUUAGUGUUUGACCAAAUGAUAUUUUUUUUUGUUCAGAUCCAAUUUUUGUUGGCAUUUUUUUUAUUUGACUCUGAAUUAAAACUGUGAGUUAUGAUUGACAUUUUUUGUAUUUGAAUUUGAAAGUGAAAUUGUUGGUAUUUUAAAGGUGAACUGUGAAGUUUGAUUUUUCUUCAUCCAGGAUUUUGUAUUCAUAUAAAUCACUAAUCAUUAUCUCCUUUUAGUCACUCUCAGAUUGUAAUCUUUUUAAAUCUCAAUUUUUUAAUCUUUUUUUCCUUUUGUCAUCCCAUUUUUUACAGUAGCCAACUAGCCAUAGAAUAUUGUUAUGAUUUUCUUAGCUAAAACAUGGGAGGAACAAUCAAAUGUCAACUCCGCACUUCUCAACUCAAGAUUCGGCAGCAAAUCCUAGUUUGGGAGAAAUUCAACCUUCACAAAAUAAUACCAAUGAUGCAAUUCAAAGUAUAGAUGUGCAACAACCCGAGACCAUUGAAGUAGAGGAUGAAAGUCCAUAUGCUUCAAAGAAAAGGAAACGGACAUCCAAAGCAUGGGCUGAUUUUAAAGAGGUUACUCUUCCGAAUGGACAACAAAGGUAGAAUGUAUUCAUUGUAAACAUCGGCUCACAAUGAACAAGACUGGUGUUACAUCUCUUUUUUUGAGGCACCUCAAGGGUUGUAUGAAGAAGAAGAUUACUGAGCAAGGACAAAAUAAUAUUACUCUCUCUACAACUAUCGUUGAAUCAGAAACUGUCAAUGCUGUCCAUAAUUUCAAGUAUAGUCAUGGGAAGAUUAGGGAGAUUCUUUCUCACAUGAUUAUUGUUCAUGAGUUGUCAUUCCUUUUCUCAGAAUAUGAAAUAUUCAAUUUAUUGAAGAGGACUGCUACUCCAUAUUAUCAGAAGAUUAGUCGUGCUACUGUGAAAAAAGAUUGCAUAGUUUCUUAUGAAAUUGAGAAGAAAAAAGUUAUGACAUCAUUAAAAGAUGUGAGUAGAGUUAGUGUGACUACUGAUUUAUGGAAGUCAGAUCAAAAGGUUUCAUAUAUGGUUGUCACUUGUCACUUUGUGGAUUCUAGUUGGAAUUUGCAGAUGCGGAAUCUAAAUUUUUUAGAUGUUCCUCCACCUCAUAAUGGUGUUUCCAUUUGUGAUGUGUUGAAUAAGUGUUUGGUUGAAUGGGGAAUUGAAAAUAAGGUAUGGUUAGUUACAGUGGAUAAUGCUAGCUAUAAUGAUGUAGCUGUGAGGAUGUUGAAGGAUAACCUCUCUUAUAAACAUAAUCUUCCUCUUAGUGGCAAAUUAUUUCAUGUAAGAUGUUGUGCACACAUAUUGAAUCUUUUGGUGCAAGAUGGGUUAUCUGAAAUUGAAGAUAUUGUUUUCAAUGUGUGUGAGUGUGAAACACAUAGCUGCUUCAGAGACCCGUGUUAAUAUAUUUAGUGAAAUUUCAAAGCAAUUGAAACUAUCUUCAAAGAAGCUUGUUUUGGAUUGUUGCACGAGAUGGAAUGCAACAUUUUGUAUGUUAUCGGCUGCUUUAGAGUUCAAAGAUAUUUUUCCUAGAUAUGCAGCAAGGGAUGUAGCUUAUACUUUUUUGCCAAGUGAGGACGAUUGGAAAAAGGUUAAUGUUGUUUGUUCAUUUCUCGAGGAAUUUAAUGAAGUAACUCAUCUCAUUUCGGGAAGUGAAUAUCCUACUUCUAACUUGUUCCUUACUGAAUUUUAUACCAUAAAGAAAUUGUUAAAUCAGGCAAGUUCAGAUGAAGGCAAGUCCUUACUGAAUGCAACAUUUUGUAUGUUAUCGGCUGCUUUAGAGUUCAAAGAUAUUUUUCCUAGAUAUGCAGCAAGGGAUGUAGCUUAUACUUUUUUGCCAAGUGAGGACGAUUGGAAAAAGGUUAGUGUUGUUUGUUCAUUUCUCGAGGAAUUUAAUGAAGUAACUCAUCUCAUUUCGGGAAGUGAAUAUCCUACUUCUAACUUGUUCCUUACUGAAUUUUAUACCAUAAAGAAAUUGUUAAAUCAGGCAAGUUCAGAUGAAGGAAGUUUUAUGGCAGCAAUGGCUAACAAGAUGAAGACUAAAUUUGAUAAAUAUUGGGGUGAUAGCAACUUAUUGAUUUCUAUAGCAGCAGUGUUAGAUCCAAGGAACAAGAUGAAAUUGAUUGAAUGGUGUUUUUUAGAGAUCUAUUCUCCUAAUGAUGCAAUGGAGCACAUUUCUACAGUUCAUGAGACAUUGCGCAUGUUGUACAAUGAGUAUGUUGAAGCUCAUAAAACCACUGUUGGCAGCAGCAAUGUUCAAGAUGAAACUCAAAGAGAAAGUUUUAUUGGUCGGACUAAUUUAAAUGGAAGAGGAAAAGGUAAAGUAAGGGCUUAAUUUUAUAGUUACAUUAAGAAUGUUGACAGUAUUGAGCAAGUAAAAUCUGAAUUAGAUGUGUACUUGGAUGAAGGAUGUGUUAUGUGUGAAGAUGACAUUAACUUUGAUGCAUUGUCAUGGUGGAGAAUUAACAACUUAAAGUUUAGGAUCUUAUCAAAAAUGGCUUGUGAUGUACUAUCAAUUCCGAUAACUACAGUUGCUUCUGAAUCGGCUUUUAGUGCCGGUGGUAGGGUAAUUGAUCCUCAUCGUGCCUCUUUGGGAACAGAUACAGUCCAAGUAUUACUUUGUGCAUCAGAUUGGUUGCGUGCUCAUUAUGGAAUCAAGAAAAAAAUCAAAGGAAAAGUAAGAGAUUAAAGAGAUUCAAUUUACUUAGCUGCUGCCUUUAUUGCCAACUUUCAAAAGGUUCUUAGUAGUAGACAAUGACUUUUUCUAUUUACUGAUGCCAUGGAGGAGGAGGUUCUCUAGCGUGUCCAAGCCCAAAUUGAUUGGAACUUUUGUCGCAGUUAAUAUAAAGAAAAUCGUGAGUGUUUAGACUGCA